AUAUAUCUGCUUGUAUUUCGCAUUACAUUGGGAAUAAAACGCCACUUAGAGUCUAAAGUGUUUUUCUAAUUUAUCUGACAACGUCAUAAGAAGAUCAGCCAGUCAUCGCGCAGGGAAAGCGUGACGCAAUGAGGAAGUAUUUCCAUACACCUGCUGAGGAGAAGACGGGUGGUCAGACAGAACCAGUAGAACCAUUAGACUGUAGGUGUGCGUGAUGAGGCAGUCGUCCACACUGUAGUGUGCUGGGCAGAGCUUCAGGAUGGACAUCCUGGUGGGCAAACUGCUCGGCCUGCUGGGAUUGUUUGGCCUCAUGCUGGCUGGUGUUCUGGUCCCAGUACGCCUCCUGCUGGUCGACUACGACAAGGCGCACAGAUACAGGAGGGCGCUGUCUCUCUGUAACUCGUUCGGAGGAGGCGUUUUCCUGGCAACAUGCUUCAAUGCUCUGCUGCCUGCAGUCAGAGACAAGGUGUCCGACGUGUUCCAGCAGCUGAAGAUCAGCAGCGACUAUCCUCUGGCGGAGACGAUGAUGAUGCUCGGCCUCUUCCUCACCGUCUUCGUGGAGCAGACGAUCCUCACCUUCAGGAAGGAGAAACCGUCUUUCAUCGACCUGGAGACCUUCAACGGCGGUGGCUCCGAGGCCGGCAGCGACUCAGAGUACGACACACCAUUCAUCUCCUCAGCUCGGGGUUCACCAAGCGGCGGAGGGCGUCACUCCCACGGACACCAGCACGGACACUUCAGUCCUGCUGAGCUGGCGGGGGCGGGGCCUCUGCGGCUGGCCAGCCUGGUCCUGGCUCUGUCGGCUCACUCUGUGUUUGAAGGGCUGGCGCUCGGCCUGCAGGAGGACGGAGCCAAGCUGGGCAGCCUCUUCCUGGGCGUGGCGGUGCACGAGACGCUGGCAGCCGUGGCGCUCGGCGUGAGUGUGGCCAAGGCGUCGCUCGGCAUGAAGGACGCCACCAAACUGGGCGUCACAGUCAGCCUGAUGAUCCCCCUGGGGAUGUUGGUGGGGAUGGGCAUCGAGUCGACGCAGACACUGGCCGGCGCCGUGGUGUCAGUGGUGCUGCAGGGACUCGCCGCCGGCACUUUUCUGUUUGUCACCUUCUUUGAGAUUCUGUCCCGAGAGCUGGACGACAAACAGGACCGGCUGCUCAAGGUGCUCUUCCUCAUCCUCGGCUACGCCACACUCGCCGCACUCGUCUUCAUCAAGUGGUGACACACUGGAAGUGACACACGUAGCGAUACCAAAGCAAAACUCCUAACUCCGUAGAGUCCAGCUGUGAGAGGCAGAAACAUCUGGAGCGGCUGGAUAAACGUCUCCUGACCAACAAACACUUUACACAGAAAUACAGCAAAUGAAGAUCAGUGAUGAGAAGAUGUUUCUCAGAUGAAACGUGAAGAGUAACGUGACGUACCUGAGCAGUCUCCUGUCUGCUGCCCUUUAGUGGUUAAAGCACUCCGCCUGCUGCAGGACAGGUGCUCUCAGCUCACCUGAAGCUGGUGAAAUGUGACCAAAGCUUACAAAAUACACAAAUAAUGAUUAAAGACAAAAAUAAAUCAACAGAACAACCUUCACUAAAAGUGAACUUGAGCAGAUUGGUGUUAAAAGAGUCUGAAGGAAAGAGAAGAAAGUUUAGUGUUGUAGACAGAAGUGAACCUGUAGGUAAAUAAUAUACAUCAGCUUUAUAAGUUUUACUGCCAAAAAUAAUUUCUCUUUCCUUUUCCUCUAUGUCUUUCAUUAAAGUUCGCCCGCCUUCCUGUCAGAAGUGUGCACAGCGUUCACUGCAGUCAGAGUAGAAAUACCUCAGUGUCAAAAUACUCGAGUACAAGUCAAAGUCCUACAUUUAUCAUUGACUUGAGAAAAAGUACAAAAGUGAAGCACAUAAACAUAAGAUAUAGAACAGUGAAAGUAGUCAUGCAGGAUUAUAUAUAUUAUAUCAUCAUGUUAAGUUGCUGUUCAGUAAAUCUUUUCUGUGGUUUUUAUAUUUAUAUAGAUAUGAAGUUGUUUCCUGUGACACACUGGAGCCUUGAAAGACAAUUUACCUCCAUGUACAUGUCAGCUUUAUUUUAAUGACUCUUUCAUCGUUGUUUGUUCAUAUUGUGACAUUGAACAGUUUUGUAUUUAUGAUGUCAUCUCAUCACCGUCUCUUUAUCACGUGUUUGCUGGAAUUAAACCGAUUAUCAUCUAACUUGUA